AUGGAUCAGGGCCUGAAGCAGGUGCGCCGCCAGAAGCGCCGCUACGUAGCGGAGCUGGCCAAAGGUUCGGAAGAAGGGGACGAGCGGCGCCUGGCAGGGCACUCAGGAUCUCAGCAGGAGCUGCCUUCGACGGGCCGGGCGGCGGCGCCGUGCCUGCGACGGGAAGGGUGUCCGGACCAGCUGCGCCCCGGUGAGGGAUGUCCCGACCUGCUGUGUCGCAGGGAAGGGUGUUCGGACCAGCUGCGCCCCGGUGAGGGAUGUCCCGACCUGCUGUGUCACAGGGAAGGGUGUCCGGACCAGCUGCGCCCCGGUGAGGGAUGUCCCGACCUGCUGUGUCACAGGGAAGGGUGUCCGGACCAGCUGCGCCCCGGUGAGGGAUGUCCCGACCAGCUGUGUCACAGGGAGGGGUGUCCCGACCAGCUGUGCCCCAGGGAGUGGUGUCCGGACCAGCUGUGUCACAGGGAGGGGUGUCCCGACCAGCUGUGCCCCAGGGAGGGGUGUCCGGACCAGCCAUGA